AUACAAAAGUCAAAUUUCUAAUUCCAACAAUAUAUUGGUUGUGUUAGUUAUUCAUAUUAAUUUAACUUUAACAUAUUAUAUAAACAUUUAAGAACAUGGACACCCAGCCUACCAAAGAAGACAUUCAAGCAGUAUUUAAUAGGUUGCGGUCAAUUCCUGCUAACAAGAUUUGUUUUGAUUGUGAAGCCAAAAAUCCAACAUGGGCAAGUGUUACAUAUGGUGUUUUCAUUUGUAUAGACUGCUCAGCAGUUCACAGGAGUUUGGGAGUACACUUGACUUUUGUAAGAUCUACUCAGUUAGACACCAAUUGGACUUUAAUGCAACUUCGGCAAAUGCAAUUGGGAGGCAAUAGUAAUGCGUUGCAGUUCUUUAGUCAACAUAACUGUAAUACUAAUGAUGCUCAGAAGAAAUAUAAUUCUAGAGCAGCCCAAUUAUACAGAGAAAAGCUUAAUCAAGCUGCCGCCAGUUCCUUAAGAACCAAUAAAGAGUCAACGCCAACGAAAUAUAGUGCUUUCUUCCUUGAGGAGAAUAAACAGCUGCAUGUUCAUCCCCAGCCGCAAGAAAAACAAGAAGAGAAAGAAGCUGACUUUUUCUCGGAACAGGACAAUUUCAGUACUCAGGAUACUUCUGUUCGAUCACAAUCGAAUUUUAACGAAUUAAGUGCACCAGUUAGAAAUACCGAGCCUAUUAAACCAGCCGAACAACUGAAUAUCGGCGAAGGACCUAAAGUUGAUUUCUCAGUAGCUAAUACACAUGUAGAACCAAAAAAAUCUACUAUCGGAGCUAGAAAACCAGCUGCAAAAAAAUCUACGCUCGGUGCUAAAAAAUCUGGGCUGGGCGCCACUAAGGUUAAAACAAACUUUGCCGAAAUCGAAAAGGAAGCGGAGCUUGCCGAAGAACUACGCGCCAAAGCAGCUGAAGAUGCACUUAAAAUGGCUGCUUUGACAGCGAAAGAACAGGAGGAACGGGACGCAGCCGUAAGAUUGGCCUACAAAGACCUCAGCUUACAACAACAGAAGAAAGAGGAACAGCUAAGGAAAGAAGAUCCGAAAAAAGCUGCUCAGCUGGAAAGGCUGGGAAUGGGACUUGGUGCAAGAACGGGAGUCAGCCAUUCAGCUAUCAGUGACAUGCAAACAAUAGAGCAAGAGAAUAUCAAAGGUCCAAAUAGUACUGUGACAUCUUUGGGACAAUUGAGAUUAUUAAUAGAUAAUGGCUUGAUUAUGGACGAUGAUUUCCAUGGAAAUACACUAAGUAUGAUUCGAAACUCAAACAGUUACGGUAAUAGCAAACUUAAUUCGUUCAUGACAGACUUGGCCGACACCAAAUCCGAAAGUAGUAAAUCGAGUAAAGAUAGCUGGGUAAUAAUAGAUGAUCCACCAGAGAAACCCAAAUCGAGUUCUUACGAAAAAGAAAGGGAAAGAGAGCGUGAACGUGAAAAGCCACCGAGAAACCUUGAACCCAUCAGCAAUACCGACGAAGCACAAAAGAAAUUCGGUAACGCCAAAGCAAUUUCAUCAGACCAAUUUUUCAAUGAUGGUAGUGCAGACUAUGAAGCUCAGGCUAACUUAAGCAGAUUUCAAGGUUCUUCCAGUAUAUCGUCGGCAGAAUUUUUUGGUAAUGGUAGAGAGACAAAUUAUUCAUCUAAUAAUGUACCCGCUUAUGAUCUAGAAGAUGUUAAAGAAAGUGUUCGACAAGGUGUUACAAAAGUAGCUGGCAAGUUGGGAUCUAUGGCUAACGAUUUAAUGUCAUCUAUUCAGGAUCGAUAUGGUUACUAGCAUUCAACCAUUGACGACGAGUUGGAGAGGUUGGCACAUCAGCACACGUCGUAAAUUUGUUAAAAAUUUCGGUUUUGGAUAAAUUCAGCGAUAUCGGAUGUGCCUUGACACUAGGACUUUUUAAAAAUAAAUAUAAAUCAAUUGAAAAACAGUUUGAUACAGUACGUCCUGGAGGUCUGUACGUAAAUGGUUAAAACUUUUUUAUUGUCACUUUUUAAUUGUUCAUGAUUUACAUAUCAAAAGUGGGAUUUUCGUCUUUUGGAUAUAUUUCAUCGAGUCUUUAAAAUAUAAAAAUAUACCUCAAUAGACAUGCCCAAUUAAUCGAGUCUUAUUUUAUACGCCAACAUUACAAAUAUAUGCGAGCUUCUACAAUCUUCUCCAGACCUUUAAGAUCUUAACAAUAGCCGAUGUUAUACAUAUGCACAUAUGCGAAAUUUUAACGGAUUAUCUAAAAUGGCCAAUAGUAAGGAAUUUGACUCAUGGUGUUUCAGGUUCGAAGUUGUAGCUGUCUUAUUAUUUACUUAAUAUUUUACGGAAAUCCUACAGUUGCAAAUCGAUAAAAAUUUACAUCUUCGAAAAUUAUAGAAAAAAGGAUGUUCGUUUUUUUUUUUCGUUUUUAUAAUUGUUAUAAUAGGCAUACCUUUUGUUUGAAAUCGAUAGAAGUCCAUUAAAUUUUAAGUUUACCCGACUUCAUAUUCUUAUUUUCACGCGUUCUCUUUUAAUAUUGGUUGGCUACCACAUUGUUUUUAAAUGUUUACUAUAUGUUUGCGAAUUUAUUAUUCCCUUUAAUACAUACUUACGUUUUAGCUCUACAACGCUUUAUUAACCUUUUUCAUUUUUUCAAUAUUUUCAUCCUAUUUUUCAAUAAUUUUACAAAUUAUACAAUUUAAAUAAAACAGAAAAUUCAGUUUCUGGUUUUCCAAGUUUUAUUUAACAUAAAAAUCAUAAUGAUACAAAAAAAGCCAUGAUCAAGUUAUUAUGUUUAUAUAUAUUAAGAGACAAUUUCCAAACAAACGGAUUAUGCUACUAGGGCAAAUUACAGUACACCAAAACUAUAUGUAACAAAUUUGCAAAUACAUACAUGAAAGAAAGCGUUCUGGGAUUGCAUAUUAUUAAGGAUAUUUUUGUUCAGAUGUAUUUUAACCAUUUACAUAUAAAAUUCUUGGGCUCACCGACAAUUAAAUCUGUUGACAAAAAAUAUUAGAUUUCAAGUAUUAGCACCAAAUUUUUUUUAACUCCAAUAACUGGACUAUUUUGUACAUACGUAAAUAACACAAUGACUGAAAUAUACAGAUUUAUAAAACUAUAAAGUCUAUACAAAUUUAAUAAAUUGUUGUGUAAAAUAUGUUAUAACCAUUUGUUUAGCUGUAUUUUUUUUAUAGAGAAGAAAUAUGUAAAUAUAGUGCAAAUAUUGUUAUGUAAUCCUGGAUGUAUUCGAUAUGUAAACCAAUACUUUGAAAUCCAAAUUUUUUGUUGACAAUGCAUAAUUUGCCAGUAAAGUAAGUGAUGUAUAUAUUUCAAUUUUAUACUCUUAUUAUUAUUUCCAUAUACUGUACUAACCAAUAAUCUCUAUAUAUCGGGCUUCUUCUUUUUGUGUAAGAGUUAUAUUUACUUAUAGAUCUUUUGUAAUUAUGAAAAUUUUUAAAACAGUUAUAUAUUAGUGGUGAUUAUUUGUUUUGUAUAUUGUAUAAAAUCUUUUGGAAACAAAUGUCUUCUUGUUUGUAUAGUUGUAAAUGAAUAAAAUGGCUUAAAUAGAUAAUUGUCAGAUUUG